AUGGGGAAGGAGGCGUUUUCCCUCUUUGCCUGGUGUGUGCCAGGUGUGUUCGUGGUGCCGUGGGCUCAGACCCUCUCUGAGAACUGCUCGGGUCCUCCGACCACCCUGGUGCCCUCACUGACACUCUCCCCUUCCAGAUUCCUCCUCGUCUUCAGCUGCCUGGUGCUGUCGGUCUUCUCCACCAUCCAGGAGCACCAGAAACUGGCCAACGAGUGCCUCUUCAUCCUGGAGUUCGUCAUGAUCGUGGUGUUCGGCAUGGAGUACAUCAUCCGCGUCUGGGCCGCCGGCUGCUGCUGCCGCUACCGGGGCUGGCGGGGACGGUUCCGCUUCGCCAGGAAACCCUUCUGCGUUAUAGAUUUCAUCGUCUUCGUGGCCUCGGUGGCCAUCAUCGCCGCCGGCACCCAGGGCAACAUCUUCGCCACGUCAGCGCUGCGGAGCAUGCGCUUCCUGCAGAUCCUGCGCAUGGUGCGCAUGGAUCGCCGCGGCGGCACCUGGAAGCUGCUGGGCUCCGUCGUCUACGCCCACAGCAAGGAGCUCAUCACCGCCUGGUACAUCGGCUUCCUCGUGCUCAUCUUCGCCUCCUUCCUCGUCUACCUGGCCGAGAAAGACGCCAACGUGCAGUUCGCCACCUACGCCGACUCGCUGUGGUGGGGCACGGCCUCGCCCUGCUCCGCCCCCGGGCAGGUCACGCUCACCACCAUCGGCUACGGGGACAAGGCGCCGCAGACGUGGCUGGGCCGGAUGCUGGCUGCCUGCUUCGCCCUGCUCGGCAUCUCCUUCUUCGCCCUGCCCGCCGGGAUCCUGGGCUCCGGCUUCGCCCUCAAAGUGCAGGAGCAGCACCGGCAGAAGCACUUCGAGAAGAGGAGGACUCCGGCGGCAAACCUGAUCCAGGCUGCCUGGCGCCUGUACUCCACCGACAUCAGCCGGGCGUACCUGACGGCCACGUGGUGUUACUAUGACAGCCUGCUGCCCACCUUCAGAGAGCUGGUACUUAUGUUUGAGCACUUGCACCGAGUUCGCAACGGAGGAUUUAGGAACUCAGAGGUGAAAAAAUUGCCCGACAGAGCCCCACCAACUUACCUCUCCUUCACCCCUGCCCAGAAAAGCCUGGCCACGUGUUCAGGGGAAAGCUGGAAGGAGGAGGACGUGCCGCCCCACAGGUGUUUACGGCUCAGCAACAAGAUGGGGCUCAAGGAGCGGAUCUGGCUGAGCAGCUCCCAGCGGCAGGGCAGCCGCGGCCGCCAGCAGCUGGGGCCCCCCCUGCACCGCUCCCCCAGCACCGAGGACGUGCCCGAGGCCACCAGCCCCACCAAGGUGCAGAAGAGCUGGAGCUUCAACGACCGCACCCGCUUCCGCGCCUCCCUGAGGCUCAAGCCACGGACCCCGGUUGAGGCCGACUGCCCUCCAGAGGACAGCGGCGAGGAGAAGGGCUCCCACUGCGACCUGACCUUCGAGGACAUCAUGCCAGCGGUGAAGACCCUCAUCCGGGCUGUCAGGAUCCUGAAGUUCCUGGUGGCCAAGAGGAAGUUCAAGGAGACGCUGCGUCCCUACGACGUCAAGGACGUCAUCGAGCAGUACUCGGCCGGGCACCUGGACAUGCUGGGCAGGAUCAAGAGCCUGCAGACACGCGUGGACCAGAUCAUGGGCAGGGGGGCCCUGGCUGUGGACAAGAAGGUGAGGGAGAAGGGGGAGAAGCCGGUGCUGGAGAUGGAGCUGGUGGACGAGCUCAGCAUGAUGGGGCGCGUGGUCAAAGUGGAGCGGCAGGUGCAAUCCAUCGAGCACAAGCUGGACCUGCUGCUCGGCCUCUACUCCCAGUGCCUCCGCAAGGGCUCCACGAACUCCUUCAGCCUGGCAGCCGUGCGGGUGCCGCCCUGCGAGCCCGACAUCACCUCCGACUACCACAGCCCCGUGGACCACGAGGACAUCUCGGCCUCCGCCCAGACCCUCAACAUCUCCAGGUCGGCCAGUGCCAACAUGGACUGAGCGGGAGGCAGCGGGAUGGAUCCUGCCCACGCGGGAUGGGGUGCUGGGAGCGCCGUGGCACCGCCAGCCCUGCCCAGCCCUGUUCCUCGCCGUGUCACUUGAGCCAAGUCUUCCUCUGCGGGGGCACGGCUGCAAUGGGGUGCACAGCUUCCUCUGGGGGCACAGUGGGAGCCCAUGGCAUGGCCAGACCACGCUCCUGGGAUGCUCCUGCCCUUCCUGGGGUAUGAGACACCCCCUGCCAGCUCCUGGGGCCCUGAGUGCUCCCCAGCCAAGGUGGGGAAUGCUCCAAGCUGGCCCAGUCUCCUGGGGUUUGGUUCGUACCCCAGUCCCAGCUCUCAGGACAUGUCCAGCUCCCCAGUGGGGUCCUGCCUGGUCCCCCCCGGAACCGAGCUGGGAUCAGCACCAGCUAUGCAAGGUCCCACCUCCCUUCUGCUGCCAGUGCCGAGCGGGGCUGUGGGGGCACAGCCCAGUGUGGUUUGACCUGCAUCGCUUGGGGUCAGGGCAGCAGCGGGGCCCCCCCAGUUUGGGGAGUGGGGGUCUGUCCCCCCUCACUGGGCU